AGCAAUUCUGAUACAGGUUUAAUGAACAUGACCAUAGGGUGGAGCUUGAAUUGUUAUAUCCAAAGCCAAAGCUUCUAGGUUUUUGAGCUCUGCUUUGGUUCUCUGCAUCUGCGUCCAGCCCCAUGAGAGGGGCCAACCAGUCGAGCGUCUCUGAGUUCCUCCUCCUCGGGCUCUCCAGGCAGCCCCAGCAGCAGCAGCUCCUCUUUGUGCUCUUCCUGAGCAUGUACUUGGCCACGGUCCUGGGAAACCUGCUCAUCCUCCUGGCCAUCGGCCUGGACUCCCGCCUGCACAUCCCCAUGUACUUCUUCCUCAGCAACCUGUCCUUCGUCGACAUCUGCUUUGCCUCCACCACUGUCCCCAAGAUGCUGGCCAACCACAUACUUGGGACUCAGACCAUCUCCUUUUCUGGGUGUCUCACACAGAUGUAUUUUGUAUUCACAUUUGUGGACAUGGACAAUUUCCUCCUGGCUGCGAUGGCCUAUGACCGCUUUGUAGCCAUAUGCCACCCCUUACACUACUCAACAAAGAUGACCCCCCAGCUCUGUGGCCUGCUGGUCGCGGGGUCAUGGGUCAUCGCCAACCUGAAUAUUCUGCUGCAUACCCUGCUGAUGGCUCGACUUUCGUUCUGUGCUGACAAUGCCAUCCCCCACUAUUUCUGUGAUGUGACGCCCCUCCUGAAACUCUCCUGCUCUGACACAUACCUCAAUGAGAUGAUGAUUCUGACCGAGGGUUCUCUGAUCAUGAUCACUCCAUUUAUUUGCAUCCUGGCUUCUUAUGUCCGUAUUACCUGUGCUGUCCUGAGAGUCCCAUCCACGAAGGGGAGAUGGAAAGCCUUCUUCACCUGUGGCUCCCACCUGGCUGUGGUUUCUCUCUUCUAUGGCACCAUCAUUGCUGUGUAUUUCAACCCUUUGUCCUCCCACUUAGCUGACACAGAUACAGCAGCUGCUGUGAUGUUCACAGUGGUGACCCCCAUGCUGAACCCCUUCAUCUACAGCCUGAGGAACAGGGACAUAAAAGGGGCUCUUGGAAAGGUGGUUACUAUGACAUUUUUUCUACUUCGUAAUGCAAUGGGCUAA